AUAUGCUUUUGUGGUGACCAUGGAAGACAUUAAUCCAGAGGAUGCUGAUACUUUAAGAGAUCAACUUAAAUCCAUUGUCAAGACCAGGAUAGGUAGCUUCGCUCAACCAGACAGGAUUCUGUUUACUCCUGGAUUACCAAAGACAAGGUCUGGGAAAAUAAUGAGAAGAAUUUUGCGAAAGGUUGCAGACAACAAACCAGAGGAACUUGGUGAUAUAUCUACACUGGUUGAUCCGUCGGUUGUUGAGAUUCUGGUACAGAAACAUGGCGAGGAGUUCAAGGUCUGAGGCCCUUCUGUUACAGCUAGGCAGCUCGUAGACCAAUCAAAGCAGCUGUUUAUCUUGUGAAUAAUUCCAUUACAUACAUGUAGUGCAACCUUGGUUUCUGAAGUCUAAUGUGAGCGGUCCAACAUUCAGGACCAGGGACAUGGCUAAAUUUUCAUAAUUUUCAUAUUGAGAGUUUUAGCUGUGUAAUGUAUCUGUGAAACGAGUUACACUACUUUCCUUAUUAGACGGCCAAUUAUAAAAUAUAUUGACUAUUGCUAGUAACGGGAUAAUAAUAUAUAAUGUUGAGGUUGUACUGUACACUUCUACAGAGAAGUGGUGUACUAGAAGCAUUAGCUUGCUGUAGAAGUGUCCUUGUCAUUUAUCUACAUUUCCUACCGUUCUGGUCAUGUUUGUUAUGAAAACUUAAGACUCAGGUGUUGUAUAAGGUUCAAAUGAGACCGGAAACCGUUACAUUUUCUGUUAGGGAAUCAUUUUAGGUCAAGGCCUAUAGUUUUUCAUUGAGUAAGAAAUGAAUGCUGUUUUUAUUUUGUUUUUUUUGUGUAUUUUUGUCAGUUUAUAAGAAAUUUUAUAUUGAGGUGUUUGUAAGAAAAAUCUGUUGAAAAUAUUUUUAUAUUGAAAUUUGUUUGAAAUUUGAGAAGACACUAAAUCAUACAAUGUGGUGGUGGCAUUAUUCAGGAUAAAGGUUGUUCAUCCUUCAUCAGCCUUCUCUGCCUUUUGGAAUAGUCAUUGUAUUGUUUGCAAUAGCAGUGACUAUAUCACAUUAGUGUUUUAUCAUAUAGGGCAUUUUUAUUUUUUUUUAUGAAUAUUUUUGAGGUUUUUUUUUAACAUGGUUUCGCCCAAACAUUUGGUUAUCAAGUACAUUGUAUAUCAUCUGGUGCUAUAGUAACAAAUUAUAAAAAUAUUCACAAUGAAGUUGCAUCAGCUUUUUAAAUUAGUUUACAUUUGCCAAAUAUUGUCGUGAUCAUAACUUAAGGUAUCGUGAUGUUGUAAUAUGUAUAACGAACAUGAACUAUGCAACCAUGAUCAUAAAUGGUAAAAAUCUAUUAUCUUUUGAAGAGAUAUCGUGUGAAAACAACAUACAAUCCAAAAAUUGCCAAUUCUUAUCAAGUAUUAAAGUGGUAAGUUUUUGGUUGGUGAUGCCCGUUAGCCCUUGCAUUAACAUACAAAGUUUUAGAUAGGAGGGUGUGAUUAGGUAAGCAAUGUCAGUUUAUAGUACAAAGUCCUUACAUUAAGUGAGAAGUUUUAGGUUGGUGGGUACUGCUAGUGUGCUUUAGGUUAGCAAUGUAUGUUUUAAGAGCUAAGACCUUGCAUUAAAUUGUGAAGUUUUAGGUUGGUGGGUACUGAUAGCAUGUUUAAGGUUAGCAGUGCCUAAUUUAAGUGCUAACACCUUGCAUUAAAAUAAGAAGUUUUAGGUAGAUGGAAGUUGCUAGAAUGUUUUACAUUAGCAGUGCCUUUUUUAAGUGCUAAGACCUUGAAUUA